CUGAAAUAAAAUAUUAUGGAUACAGCUGAAGCCUUCAUGAAUGGUCUGCAAUUCCCUUUCUCCUCAGAGGUUUUUGACUCCAGUGAAGAAUCUGGGCAUCUUGUUCUCACCAUAGUUACAUCGGGUCAUUUCUUCAUUUCCCAAGGACAGACACUGUUGGAAGGGUUUUCACUCAUUGGUAGCAAGAACUGGUUGAAGAUUGUAAGACGCAUGGAUUGUCUGUUGUUUGGAACAACGAUAAAGAACAAGAGUCGUAUGUUCCGGGUGCAGUUUAGUGGAGGCUCAAAGGAGCAGGCGCUGGAACACUGCUGCAGCUGCGUGCAGAACCUGGCCCAGUACCUCACUGUCCAGGUGCCUGACGGAAUCAGCCAGGAGCUCAGGCUGGGUCCUAGCCCACUGUGGACAGGUGAAAGCCAACGGAAGGGCUGUGUGCAGAGCAUCCCACCACAGCAUGAUUCACACCAGAACCUGGAGCAGCAACGGUGGGUACCAGCUGGCACAGGCACUCCAAGAGGAAGGACCUCAGUGGCCUGGUUAGCUCAGUCUCUCCUGGCAUCAGAGGAGCUGCCCGUGGUCUAUGAACAAUCUGCAUGGAACACGGAAGAGUUAGGCCCCUUUCUACGCUUGUGCCUCAUGGAUCAGAAUUUCCCAGCAUUUGUGGAAGAGGUGGAAAAGGAACUAAAAAAGCUGACAGAGCUGAGCAACUAACAUUCUAUAUACAUACAGAACUGAGGAACUUCAGUGCAAUGGAAAAAAUGCUUCCUCCUAAGACUAGAGAAGAUACUAGAAUAAAGAGUAUUAUUCCAACACCUUUUAUCAGUUUUAUUUUUAAAAACAGGUGAAUCCACUUUUUUAUACAUCAUUGCACUUCAACAAUUACACAAAACACAAGUACAUGCAUCUACCAUUACGCACCGUGUGAGAACCCUGCCGGGUGUGAAAAUCUACACUCAAUCAAUGAAAAAAUACAGUGUCAACCUCAAAGUAUAACUAGUUGCAUAGAAUACCAUGCUGUAACAUUUCAAGGUCAUUGAAAACAAAAGGUAAAUUAUAAAAGUUUGCCUUAAUUGAAUGUACAAUCAGGUUCAACACAUCAGUGCAAAAGGAUCUAAAUUUACAUGAUUUAACAAAAGAAAAAAUAAUCACUUAAAAAGCAAU